UUUGCGAAAGUGACAGCUGUAUAAAUGCAGCUGGCGAAACCUUUGCAUUGUCAGAUGUGUUUGAAUUCUGCUGGAGCAGAAGGAGCAGCGCAGAGAUGGAACCUGAGAGAGAACCCAGGCGUAUCAGGGAAGGAUACCUCGUCAAGAAGGGUAGCAUGUUUAACACCUGGAAACCUAUGUGGGUAGUCUUGUUAGAAGACGGAAUUGAAUACUUUAAGAAGAAGACAGACAACAGCCCUAAAGGAAUGAUCCCUCUGAAGGGAAGCACCUUCACAAGUCCCUGCCAGGAUUUUGGUAAAAGAAUGUUUGUCAUGAAGCUCACUACUGCCAAGCAACAGGACCACUUCUUCCAAGCCUCUCAUCUCGAGGACAGAGAUGUCUGGGUGAAAGACAUCAAGAAGGCCAUUAAGUGCAUCGCGGGAGGUCAACGGUUUUCUAGGAAAUCCACCAGGAAGUCUAUUAAGCUUCCAACCACCAUCAACCUGGGUGAGCUGUAUCUCUCAAUGAAAGACCCCGACAAAGGAAUACGAGAAAUGAAGCUGGAAAAGGACAAGAAAAUUUUCAACCACUGCUUUACGGGUAGUUGUGUGGUUGAUUGGCUCCUGUCAAACAACUCUAUCAGGAAUCGUCAAGAGGGUCAAAUGUUGGCAUCUGCCCUGUUGAACGAAGGUUAUUUUCAGCCUGCUGGAGAUAUAUCCAAGAGUGCACUGGAGGGCCUGUCAGAAACUUCCUUCCUUGACCACGAAGACGCCUAUUAUUAUUUUGCAGAUAGUGGAUUCUUCAGUGAAGGGAAUUCCAGUGAUGAUGAUGGGAUCUUCAAGGAAGAAUUCAGAGGCGCAGUGGUCAAACAGGGAUGUUUACUGAAACAGGGGCACCGGAGGAAAAACUGGAAAGUACGGAAGUUUGUCCUGAGAGAAGACCCUGCCUACAUGCAUUACUAUGAUCCUGCAGGGGGGGAAGAGCCACUUGGAGCCAUUCACUUGAGGGGUUGUGUGGUGACAGCGGUUGAAGACGCACCAGAUGGCAAGAAAAAUGAUGUCGGGGGAAACCUGUUUGAAAUCAUUACUGCAAAUGAGGUCCACUACAUCUUGCAAGCAGCCACCUCCACAGAACGUACAGAAUGGAUCAAGGCCGUUCAAGUGGUUUCCAGGACUGGAAAGUGAAGAACUAUAAGCUUUAGCAAAAUACUAGUGCCUCUUGUUCAAAGGGUUUCUCCACACAACUGGCUAUCUGUAGCCCUGUUCUCGUUCACGGAUACCAGGGUAGCUAUAACUCUGAAACUUUUAUUUGACAAUAACCUGUCUUAGAAUUAGCACAGUAUUUCACAUGCCUGUGUCCUGUUCGCUUUCUAUACCUUCCCAUUAUCCAAAACAGGAUCAUUUGGCCUCGUCACAACGGUCUGUAAAGUUUUCUCAUGUACCACCAAGUA